CGGGGCUGCCGUGGAUUCUGGCCACUUCUCAAUCGUUCCUCUUCUGAUUCAGGGUGGCAUUGUGCUUCUCAGCGUGCUGGAGUAUUCCCAGACCAGAAGCGAGGCUGAGCCCAGAGGGCUGGGUUGCUUCAGCAGGGAAGACUCCCUUCCCCCCCUGCUUCAGGCUGCUGAGCACUGAGCAGCGCUCAGAAUGGAAGCCAUCGCCAAAUAUGACUUCAAAGCCACUGCAGACGAUGAGCUGAGCUUCAAAAGGGGGGACAUCCUCAAGGUUUUGAAUGAAGAAUGUGAUCAGAACUGGUACAAGGCAGAGCUCAAUGGGAAGGAUGGCUUCAUUCCCAAGAACUACAUAGAAAUGAAACCACACCCGUGGUUUUUUGGCAAAAUCCCCAGAGCCAAGGCAGAAGAAAUGCUUAGCAAACAGAGGCACGAUGGGGCAUUUCUAAUCCGAGAGAGUGAGAGUGCUCCUGGGGAUUUCUCCCUCUCCGUCAAGUUUGGAAAUGAUGUGCAGCACUUCAAGGUGCUCCGAGACGGAGCUGGAAAGUAUUUCCUCUGGGUGGUGAAAUUCAAUUCUUUGAAUGAAUUGGUAGAUUACCACAGAUCAACAUCUGUGUCCAGAAACCAGCAGAUAUUCCUUCGAGACAUAGAGCAGGUGCCACAGCAGCCAACAUACGUCCAGGCCCUCUUUGACUUUGACCCCCAGGAGGACGGUGAGCUGGGCUUCCGCCGGGGAGACUUCAUCCAUGUCAUGGAUAAUUCAGACCCCAACUGGUGGAAGGGGGCUUGCCACGGGCAGACCGGCAUGUUUCCCCGCAAUUAUGUUACCCCCGUGAACCGGAACGUCUAAGAAUCAAGAAGAAAUUAUUUAAAGAAAUUGAAAACACAAAAGAAACAUACCCACAAGCUGCCUGUAACAGCAGCCUGUGAGGGAGCUCAGAACACCUGGCUGGGUCACACUGGUGACCUUCUCACUUUGGUUGGAACUUUGGGGGGUGGGUGGGGUGUUGGAUAUCAAAAUGCCAAAACUUACCUAUUGAAUUAAGAAGAGUUUUUAUUACAGAUUCUCACCGCUGCUCCUGUUUCCCUUCCUAUGUCCUUUUUCUCAUCCUUUUUCUCUGUCCUUCGGUGCAUGAAUUUAAGGCCUCAUAUAGUCCCAGCUGAUGCCAAUAAUAAAAGAAAAGAAAUCAAGUGGGCUGUAUUUUCUCUAUGCAAAAUGUCUGUCUUAGUGAAAAUGACUGAAAGGAGAACAGUGAGUCUGUCCUCCAUAUGCACACACAGCAGGAGCUGCAGGGCAGCUGCCUCAGCUGGGUUUUCCCCCAGGUAUUUCAUCACAUUGGAACUAGAGUCAGGAGGGAGGCAUGCUGCCCACCCUAUGGCUUCCUGAGAAAGUCAGACUGCAAACCUGCGCCUCUCUCUCUUCGUUCCCAGUGUCAUUGACGGUGUUGUUUCUUCAUAGUGCCUUUUUCCUUAUUUCAAGGGUUACUUAGGCGUGGUGGCUUCUGUUUUGUUUUAAAAUAAGUUAAAAACAGUCCAGAGCUUUUCAGCCAAUUUGUCCCCUACUCUGUGUAAACAGUUUUUCUUCAGGAGAAGGGAAAGCCGGGUAGAGAAAGGAGACAGUACAACUGAAGGUGGGUGACCUGCCUGUACUGAGCCAGGAGUGUCUGCAGCUCAGCUUCAGUACUUAUGAGGCCCUAGAUGCUGGCCGUGAUCAGUGGAGCAGCUGCUGACCCCACAAGCCUGGUGCAUCUGGCUGCAAGGGUGGCACAGUGCUUGACCUCCAGGUCUCAAGUAUGCUCUGCCCUCCUAUCCCCAGAGUCUGCCAGGCACAAACUCCUGGAGCCAGCAGGUUGCAGAUAAGGAAGGCAGAAAAUGGCACCUAAGCCAUUUUCAGUCUUCACAAGUCUAACCUUAUUAUGCCUAUGCUGGGGUGAGAAUUCAGAGUAUUUACUUUUUGUUUUUCUUGCUCUUAAAUUUAGGUCCAGGCUUUCAUUUAUGUGUCCCCUGACCUUCAAGGGGGUAGUGGCAGGAAGCAAGACUGGCUUUCAUGUCUCUUUCACAGAGGAUUGUGUUUGCACCUAUUCCCAACACCCCAUCCUUGGAAGCUGGAAGAGUUGAGGAAGGUGAAGUGGGAAAGACAGGAAGGCCAGGCCACUCAGAGCUCUGUCUACCUUCUGCUGACUCUCGGUCCCUCGUAGCAGUGUGCCUGCUAACUGCUUCUCUCCACACAGUCACCCUUCCCCUAACAAAAACAAGGUCACCUCUCUUUCUCUCCCUGGAAGUUGGCAGCCUUUGCCCUUUGUGUUCCUAGGGGUCAGUGGAAUCUCCGCUGGACUCUGCUUGUGGAAAUGGACUUGGCCUGGAGAGCCUUAAGGCCCAGGAGACGUUGACUCUUCUGGCCCAAACAGUCCUCACCUCUCCUUCUGCUCCUUCUUUCCCCACUUAUGAUAAGAGAACUCUCUGGCGUUCUACCCCUGGACCAUUUGAUUGUUUUAUUUUGAAAUUGGUGUAUAUCAUGAAGCCUUGCUGAACUAAGUUUUGUGUGUAUAUAUUUAAAAAAAAUCAGUGUUUAAAUAAAAAGACCUAUGUACUUAAUCCUUUAACUCUGCGGAUAGCAUUUGGUAGGUAGUGAUUAACUGUGAAUAAUAAACAUACAAUGAAUUCUUCA